AACAUUACGUAUCGAAACACUUACAAUUAUCAUUGCCUUCAUUUAAACUACGUGUUCAUUCAAAUAACUGAUCUAAGCGUGUACAAUGACUGUACGCGAUUCGGAAUUUGCUGCAGUGGCACUACUUGUUUUCGCUAGUGCACAAGGAUUCGUGGUUUCUGAGCCCGGCUUCGGUGGUUGGGAUGUAGAACCGAUACCCGCCCCUCCAGGACUGCCACUUCCGGUUGAGCAGUUUUACGAAUUUCAGUCGCUGGACCAUUUUGAUGGAAGCAACUUCCAAUAUUGGAAACAGCGUUACUUCAUGAACAACGUCACGUACCGGCCCGGCGGUCCCGUCUUCCUGAUGCUGGGAGGCCAGUCGGCGGCCAACUCGGUCUGGCUCGUGACAGGCGCUUGGUAUGAGUACGCAAGAGAGCACGGGGCUUUCAUGGUACUGCUCGAACACAGGUUCUUCGGAGAGAGCACCCCCACGGACAAUAUCACGUCCAGUAGUCUGCGGUUCCUGAGUUCCCGCCAGGCGCUAGCGGACAAUGCCCAGUUUAUAGCGGACUUAAAGCGGUGGUACCAGCACCCCAUCCAAGACAGUAAAGUCAUCGUGUUUGGUGGCGGAUACUCUGGGUCUCUUGCGGCGUGGAUGCGGUCACAUUACCCAUAUAUCGUGGAUGGCGCCGUGGCGUCCAGUGCUCCUAUCUUUGCCACAUUGGAUUUCACGGAGUACUACGUAGCAGUGACGAAUACUCUGGCCAGUGUGAACCCAGCGUGUCCCAUCGCCAUUAAGAAUGCCACGUCUACGAUGUACGAGUGGUGGGGGCAGCCGGACAAGAGGAUCAUCAUGCAGAAAAUAUUCAGACUGUGUGACAAGAUCAACCACGAUGCCCUACUGGACCUGACUGUGUUCUUUUACAACCUCGCUGAGAACUUCGCCCGUGUCGUACAGUUCAACGGCCUUGACCUUCAGUUUCUAGGUUUAAAGAACAACAACCUCACCAUCGAACAAGUGUGUGACGUCAUGACGGACGAGUCACGUGGAGACAGCGUGCAUAGAUACGCGGCUGUCAAUUCCAUGGUUCUUGACAGCAUCGGUCAAGAGUGCACCAACUUUCAGUACACCAAGCUGAUAACGUCACUUAACCAGAUUAAUUGGGGCAGUGAAUCAGCAAAAGGAGGUCGCCAACGCUUGUAUCAGAUAUGCGGUGAAUUUGGAUGGGCCCGAACUUCGGAAUCUUCGAAACAACCCUUUGGGAACUUCUGGACAUUCCCAUGGAAUUUCACGACUGACCAGUGCGCUGACGUCAUCUGCCACACGUGGGGAGGUUCCCAGGUGCAAGACAAGUGUGAUCAGACUAACCGUUUUUACGGCGGUCUGGAGCUACCGAUCUCCAACGUGGUGUUUGUGAAUGGUGCCCUUGACCCCUGGCGUGUUGUCAGCUCUAAUGGCACAUUGCCAAACGCGUACGGCGACCAUGAGAGUAUUCUCAUUGAAGGCACUGCCCAUUGUGCCGAUAUGAUGCCUCCCAAAAUGACUGACCCACCGGGACUUGUGGACGCGCGGAAAAAGAUAUCUGAGCAUAUCGGACUGUGGAUCAAAUAAACAGUUAACUCUUUCAGUGCUGGAAUCGAAUUUUGAAGGCCUUUGCAAACAGUUUGGAUCCAGAUGAGACGCCACAAAACGUGGCGUCUCAUCAGGAUCCAAACUGUUUGCUAUUCUGAUAGUAUUAUUUGAAAACACUCUCGAAGAAAAUGCUAAUUUUAGAAAUUCAGCAGACGACAUUUUAGCAGACGACAAAUUUCCCAGCAUGCAAAGGGUUAAACAACCUGUUGUUUUAAUGUCAUUCAGAUACAUUUAUAUACAACUAUAAAAACCUUGUGUUAUAUGUAGAGACUGUGUUGUUCAUAUCAACAUUAGUGAUCUUCUAUAUGCAUUGAAUCCAUGUUAGGUACGUGUAAAUAUUGUUUUGCAUCACACAACUUAAAGGGCAUUGUACACAGAUUUUCGGAUUCAAGACAGAUGUCAUUAAAUAAAUUCACUAACAGAACCAUUAACACGGUGAUCCAUACUGUUUUCUCAGCCAUAUUUGAACGUUUUUAUCAGUCAUAAUCAGUCUAUACAAAAAAAAAAAAUGUUCCUUAAUGUCUAUAUUAUAAUAACAUGUUUAGUGAGUUUCAUUUAACAUAGUCGUAUUUCACUCUUUGCCUGUA